GCGCGCCACUGUUUUCGUGCAAUCGCCAACGAUCGCCCGCCAAUCUGUUUUCGUAUGCGAGCCAGAGAGCUGUGGCUGGUGGAGGAGGUCGGAUUUUCGUAUUUAUUGCGCGUUGUCGCGUUGUCGUGCUGUCGAUCGCGUUGGGGUUCUCUUCUCCCGUCUCUCGCCGCUGGUUUGAUUCGUGUGCUCGCUGCUCUUAGCUAGCCUUCUUCGUUCCGUGGCGCGGGAAACAUUCGUCUUCUCGUUCGGAGAUUUAACGCGGUCUCUCGCGGCGACUGGUAAUGGCGUCCCGCGGUGGCGGUCGCUGCCGUUCGCGCCAUGAUGGCGGCGCGGGAGUGCGCGCGUUUUUCUCUUCCUUCUUCUUCUUCUUCGUCUUCCUCCUCGUCCUCCUCCUGGCUAUGGCCGCCGUCCCCUCCAGUGCAACCACCGAAGCGCAGCUCAGAGCCGCCGUUUUGAGUUCGACGGCUCGUGUCCUCCUCGUCGAUUCCGAUAUUUUGUUGACGUCGAGUCUGCCCCAGGUCGUCUGUCCCGACCUGACGAUUCGCGGCCGAUGCGGUCGGCGUCUUUGCAAGAUCGACGGCCGCGGCCGGUUCAGGGGUUUCUUCCAGCCGCCGAAGAUCUCCAUCUCUGGAAUUGAGCUGACGAGGAUGAGCAGCAGCACCGCUGCUGGCCAAGACGAUGCUGCUGCCAUCUUCGGCGACUCCAACUCCUCGCCUACAGUUGUCCUCAGUAAUGUCAGAAUCUCGUACGCUAGGAACAGGAGGGCUGUCCAGGUCUUCGAAGGGACGAUCACGGCCUCCAACACCGUAUUCCUUGGCAAUGCCGCGGGAGCGAUCGCUCUCUCCUCAUUCACGAGGCUAGACGGGAGGAACGUACAGUUCAUUUCGAACAAGGCGCGCUGGGGUGGAGCCAUUACCUCCUCGGAAGGGAUCAUCAACUGCACCAACUGCAGAUUCGAGCGCAAUGAAGCGCAACUGGGCGGUGGCGCGGUGAUCAUGGGAGAUGUCGACGGCACGGAGGCGGCCUUCUUCAAGUGCAGUUUUGUUCGAAACAAGGUGACCAACAGAGGAGGCGAAGGCGGCGCGGUGAAUGUCGGCAAUGUGGAUUCCGUAAGUCCGGUGAGGUUCUGUAGAAACUCUUUCGUGUCCAAUACGGCGAAGACUGCAGGCGGCGCCACUGUCACCAGCCAUGUAUGGAUCAGCACGAGCAAUGAAGAUGCGAGGGUGAAUUUUUGCCCGAGUCGCCCUUCAACUGGAGUCACCAUAACGAACCCUGCCUUCGUGCCUAACGUCAUUGAUACCUGCUCUGCUUGUUAGUUUUUUUUAGAUAGAAAGCCUGCCGGUGUUCAAUGACAUGUCU